AUGCCGGCCCCCCAGGCGUUCAUGGGCUACACGGGCCCUCUGGGCCGGCCCCUCGGCCCGCCGCUCAGCGACUGCAAUAUAGUGCUCUGCGGCAUCUGGCCCGGCCAGGACUACGCCGAAAUCGAGCAGCGACUCCUGAACCCCCUGGGCGCCACCCACCAGAGCUCGAUCGGUCCCUCUACCACCCACAUCGUGGUCCUCGAGGGGCCCGGCUUCUACGAGGGUCCCCGCAAGCACAAGGUCGACCAGGCGAAAGCCAGUGGCCGGCCCCUGGUAACGCUGCAGUGGCUCGAGGAGUGCCUGCUCAGGUCUGCACGUAUACCCGAGGAAAACUUCAAGCCGCGCCUCGCCCUCCCUCUUUCCACAAUCUUGCGCGCCGAACUCCUCCCCGUGGCUCUCGUCCGGGACGCCCCGUCCAUCGACAAGCUCGUCGUCGUCGACGAAGGCGUCCCCGAGAACUUGUUCGGGUUCGAGGUAUACAUCGACGAGGACCGCGUCGUGUAUGACGUGCUACUGAGAAGAGUGGACGUGCUUCAAUCUUGGAACACGUAUGUCCGACUCCAGUUAUUGCGGAGAAUCGUAACGGGGGAGUUCACCGUUUGGAGCCGACACGGCCGGGUGGGAAGCACGGGGAGCUGGAGCUACUCCCCGAGAUAUCUGGAGCCCCAGCCCGCCUUGAAUAUAUUCAGAAAUCAAUUCCAGGCCUGGACCGGCCUGGACUGGAGCGACCGGCACAGCUAUUCGAUUACUGGAAAGCAUGUAUUGGUCGAGAGGAUCUACUAUGAUCCUGAUUACGAGGACUUCGACGCCGUGGCACCCGGCGUAACCAAGGCUGAGGAUUUUCCGGUGGCGGCCAAGGAGCUUACAGAGCUCAUUUUCAAACAGCAGUAUGUCACGGGCGCGACAGACCGGUACCGGGUGACGGACGGGACGUUCCCCCUGGGGCAGCUCAACCACAUCGCCUUCGAGCAGGGGUCCCGGAUCCUGGGAUACAUACGACGGGUGUUAGAAGACAACACCUUGGCCACCUCGAUGUACCAAGCCACUCCAGACGCGGUCGUUACCGAGCUGGCCAACUUGUACUACACCCUGGUUCCGGUCAAUUCGGAACAGAGUCCGUUGCAGAAUCUCGCGAACCUUACAGAGGUCGCGGCAGAGGAACGAGAACUCGGCGCGAUGCGGCGGGAGAUGGAGGCCCGGCACAGGCGUAGGCUCGAGAGGGAAAACGUGGCCAUGCAAGAGCUGAGACUGAACUUCGAGAGCCUAGGCCUCGAGGUGAUGACGCCGCUCGACGCGGGAAGCCAAGAGUUUGAGGAGCUCAAGGCCCUCCUACGGUCCACGCGCGGCCCAACCCACGCCUUCGCUUACCAGGUCUCGCAGAUCUUCCGAGUCCAGAUCCGAGGGGAGGGCGACAAGAUCAACCGCACCUACGGGCUGCCUCAGAACAGGCGCCUGCUGUGGCACGGCUCGCGCUGCGUCAAUAUCCGCGGUAUUCUCACCCAAGGACUGCGUAUUGCGCCCCCCGAAGCCCUGGUGUCGGGCCACAUGUUUGAUAAGGGUAUAUAUCUGGCCGAGGCGUCUAGCAAGUCGGCCCUAUACAGCUCGGCACUAGCUUGCAACGGGCACGGGGUCUUGCUCCUAUGCGAGGCCGAGCUGGGAAACCCGAUACUCAGAUACCUGGGUCCGAGGCCCAACGCGGCCCAGGAGGCUCGACAGCGGGGCUGCCUCGCCGUCCAUGGGCCUAAUAUGGACCAGCCGUUCACAAACGAUCACUGGGAAAGAAACCAAUUCGAGUACAGCGAGUACGUGUGCUACAACGAGGCCCAGGUCAGAGUGCGUUACCUGUUCAGGAUCCGAGUCUAG